AACAAUUUUUGUCCUGAAAGACAGAAUACCAAAGUAAAAAUGUUAUAAAAUUAUGUUUUCUAAUCUGCAGAUUCUUAACAUGAGUGAAACUGAACUAACAAUAGAGCCAUCAAAUAAAUAUAUGUUCAAACAUAAAGGAGCUUAUUUUGUACAAGACAUUACCACAGCUGAAUACAUAGAUUCACUGGAGGAUUUUGAAAUCAGAGACAGUGAUGUAUUUGUGGCUACUUUUCCAAAAUCAGGAACUGUGUGGAGUCAGAAUAUUUUGAGCCUGAUUUAUCAUGAAGGCCAUCGGGAUGGAACAGAAAAUAUAGAUCUAAUGGACAGAGUUCCAUGGCUGGAGUAUAACUUACGUAAUGUUGAUUAUGUCAAUCGUCCAUCACCUCGGCUCUUUGCUACUCACCUGCUUCACAAUUUAGUUCCAAGCGAUCUCAGGAAAAGGACAGGAAAAGUUAUUUAUGUUGCCAGAAACCCUAAGGAUGUCGUGGUUUCCUAUUUCCAUUUUUCCAACUUUAUUGUCAAACUUGAGACAAUAUCGGAUUUUAAUGUUUUUCUGGAGAAGUUUUUAGCUGGGAAAGGUAAGGUGUUAUUUCCUGCAUAAGAGCCAUGACCUCCUUGCUGACCACAGCCCAUAUAAGCUAACUCUGUGGAUAAAUUACAUAGAAGGUGGAGCUUGUCAAAAUCCUGGUGCUCAGUCACAGCUGGGGUUCGAAGGCUUCAUUGAAUGCACUAACACCCACGGUACAGAAUAGAGGUUUUACGUGAAAAGAAUUGCAGAAAAGCUGCACAGUUACUUCACCAUAUCAACCCUAACAAUUUCAAUGCAUUUCACCUUCACUUAUGAGGUUUUACCUGUCCCCUAUGAAUGAGUGAACAGGCUGAUGCAGUGUCUACUAGACCCCCUCAGGGAUUUCCUCCCCAUGCUCAUUGGGAUGUUGGACAGCCUCUAUCCCUUUGUCCACCCUCCAGUAUGACACUAGCAAUAAGAUUCGGCCCUUUGCAUUCCAUAUCCAGGCAAUCCUGUUUUUGUGUCCUACCUGC